AUGGACCUCACGGGCAGCCGCUGUGUGCGGCUCAGCGAUGCGGCCACCAUGCCAGUCCUGGGGUUCGGCACAUAUGCACCUGCUGAUGUUCCAAAGAGCAAAGCCCGUGAGGCCACCCAAGUGGCCAUUGACGUUGGCUUCCGGCACAUCGAUGCUGCCUACGUGUACCAGAAUGAGGAGGAGGUGGGGGAGGCGAUGCGCGUGAAGAUGGCUGACGGCACUGUGAGGCGCGAGGACUUGUUCUACACCACUAAGCUGUGGUGUACAUUCCUGCAGCCAGAGUUGGUCCAAACAUGUCUCAGAAGAUCCCUGAAGAAGCUCAGGCUGGACUACGUGGACCUUUUCCUCAUCCAUCUGCCCUUUGCUCUGAAGCCAGGGGAGGACCUCCUGCCCACGGACGCCAGCGGGAAGGUGAUCCUUGAGCCCGUGGACCUGUGUCAGACCUGGGAGGCCCUGGAGAGCUGCAAAGACGCCGGGCUGACCAGGUCCAUCGGCGUGUCCAACUUCAACCGCAGACAGCUGGAGAUGAUCCUCAGCAAGCCGGGGCUCAAGUACAAGCCCGUGUGCAACCAGGUGGAGUGUCACCCUUACCUGAACCAGCAGAAGCUGUUGGACUUCUGCAAGGCCAGGGACAUCGUCCUCGUGGCCUACAGUGCCCUGGGGUCCCACAGAGAACCAAAAUGGGUCGCCCAAGACAGUCCGUGUCUCCUGGAGGAGCCGGUCCUGACGGCCAUUGCCAAGAAUCAUGGCCGCAGCCCCGCCCAGGUGGCCCUGCGCUACCAGCUGCAGCGGGGAGUGGUGGUGCUGGCCAAGAGCUUCAGUGAGAAGAGGAUCAAGGAGAACUUCCAGAUAUUUGAUUUUGAAUUAUCUCCAGAGGAUAUGAAAGCCUUAGAGAGCCUUAAUAGAAACUUCCGCUAUCUCAGCAUGGAAUUUGCGAUGGGCCACCCCAACUACCCGUUUGCUGACAAGUACUGA